AUGCCGUCCGUCGCCAGCAGCGGCCCAAAGGCGCAUCCCAACGCCCACUUGGCUGGCCUGCCGGCAUCUCUCACGCCGCCGCCGCCCGUCAAGGCCACCAACGCCAUCUGGCAACCCUCGGAGCUUGUGCCCGGAUCGUAUCGUGCGUUCGGCGGGGACCGUAAGCACCGCAUGUCCUCCGCCCUGGCGUUCAACCUGAACCAUGCCAUCGGCUUGCUGAAACGCAGCAACUGCGGCAUCCGCGACCUCAUCCGCCAGCACGAGAGCGCAUGGGUCGCACUGCGGCUGCUCUACAACCACGUUGUCAUUCUUCAGAAACUCCUCGAGCGGUUGCGCGACAUGCUUGAGAACGUGGCACACGUCGAGAGCGUUGCCCGAGACGUCAACAUCUACCAGCCGCAUCUUGGGGACAGCAAACACACGCUGAAGGACAGGUUGAAGGGCAAGACAGAGGGCAAGACAGAGGGCAAGACAGAGGGCAAGACAGAGGGCAAGACAGAGGGCAAGACAGAGGGCAAGACAGAGGGCAAGACAGAGGGCAAGACAGAGGGCAAGACAGAGGGCAAGACAGAAGAAAAGACAAAGGGCAUCGAGACGGGAACACAAAAGACGACAAAGCACGCAGCCUCUUUCUCGGUCACCGUCAAUCGGAACCCGGCCCGGGCGCACAAGUCGCCUUUGGCUUGGAGCCGGCGCGUGUUGCCCAGAGUCGAGGACAUGAUGCUCGAGUUGCGCAACUACCUGGCCAACAUUGAGGAAGCGUGCGUCUGGACCGUGCGGCGACAAAGCUCCCGCUUUCUCCCGGACCCAGACGCCAUCCCGCUGCGCUGGAACGACAACUACAUCUUCGCGACCGUGCGCAGAUUGUGCUCGUUUGAGCAAAACAUCGAAGUGCACAUGACGACGUGCAAGUAG